AUGCAAGCCAGGAUUCUUCCCGCCAUCCUCACAGCCCUCUCUCUCACCUCGGUUGAUGCUGCGAUCCUUCCUAGAGCUACCAUUACUCCAGGCGUCAUCGUUCUCCCCGAGGUCGUCUUCAACCCCUCUGAGCUGUUCGAUCCCGCUUAUACAGCUCUCAACAUCUUCCGUAACGAUCUUUUAAAGACAACAACACUCGUGUCCGACCUUACUCGCACCGCCGGCACGACCGUUAAGGAUAGAACCGACCAGGUCAAUGCUGUCAUCCGCCAAGUGACCAGCAACACCAACAACAUCCGCACUAGAGUCGGGUACAUCAUCGGUAACCUUCAGGGCGUAGUCCCCUCCGGUAUCCCUGCUCCCACUGGCACAGCCGCCCCGCCCGCCGCUCCCACCGCCGAGGUGUUCCAAGUCGCCCAAGACAUCGUCCGUCAGGCUCAGGCCCUGGCAAGAACCGCCACCUCCCAACUCCAGUCGCUCCAGACCCAAACAGAUGCCGUGGUCGAUGCUACUGGCAAGGCGGCUUACACACUUGCCUUCACCCAGGCAAAGCUUGCUCUUGACAUUACCCUCACCACCGUUGCAGCCACGGCCAAGACUAUCAUUGACGCUGUAGCCAACAGUGUCGACAACGUCAAUGGCAUUGCUGAGCGCGUCCGCAACGUGAAAUUUAAGCUGGACCCUGUGCUUGUCAUUGGAGUCACACCUGAUGUGACCUUUUAA